AUGGCGACAUCCAGAGAGCUAACGCGCGACAGACACGGGCCAGGGAAAAUUGCGAACGACACCUUCGUUGGUGGAAUUUUAAGUAAACUAUACGAACAGUCACAGGAAGGAAGGCUCUGCGAUGUUACGUUGAAGCUGUCGGAUCACGAAUUCCACGUUCAUGGGUGUGUUUUAGCUGCAAACAGUCCUGUGUUUGAAGUGAUGCUGAAUGCAAAAAUAGUCGAAUUAGGAGAUGCGGCAUACUGUAACAAUAUUGUCCUGGACAUAAAUACAGCGAUAGGUGAGUCAAAAAUCACCCCGUAUGUAUUUGGUAAAAUUAUACAGUUUAUGUACACCGGGCUCCUUGAGAUCAGUGACGAUCAAAUCGAAGUUGAUGACAUUCGUGAAGCAACAGAUCUCUUACAAGCGACAGGACUCCAUGUCGAGUUUCAAAGUUUGCACAGAAACCGCGUGUACAGCAGCCUAUGCAGGCAGAGAACUGAUAGAAAUUAUUGUGACAUCACAUUGUCAGUUGAACACAGGGACUAUCCCGCGCAUCGCUGUCUCCUUGCAGCUUACAGCCCAUAUUUCGAUGCAAUGUUUAGUAACGAUAUGUCUGAGAAAGGGAGAACGAGGGUUGACCUCCCAUUUCUCAGUAGUGAACAAAUUGAGUUGUUGCUAGGUUUCCUUUACAAAGAAACCGUGACUAUAUCGUAUGACAAUGUUGAGGGCGUGCUCAUGGCCGCGGAUUAUCUCCAUAUCAGUCAGCUCAAAGAAACGUGUGCACAAUUUUUGUGUGGGAGUAUUACCUGUGAGAAUUGUUUGGGAUACUUCAAACUUACUGAACUGUAUUCUGUCCCAAGGGUCUCGAAAUAUGCCAAACAAUUUAUACAAAGACACUUCACGGAUGUUAUUGCAGAAGAUGAAGUAUUGUUGCUUAGCGUUGAAGAACUUGUGACUUUAUUGACCGAUGAUGAUAAUGUUGUAGAAGUUGUACAAAAUGGAACCGUUGUGACGUCAGAGAUGUCCGUAUUUGAGGUUAUGGUAAGAUGGGUGAUGGAGAAUGAAGAAAAGAGGAAGAUGCAUCUCCCCAGUCUUCUCCAUCAUGUACGGUUCAGUGCACUGAGUUGUGAUGAGCAAAACAAUAUAUUGCAACACCCCCUAGUGGCAGUAAACACACUGUGUCUGGACGCUGCUGUCAAAUGUACCCAGAAUGCGUUAGUGUCAUGGAGUCCCAGAAGGGGUAGAUUGAUCAAUAUGAUUACUGUUGUCGGGGUAACUGGUAAUUUAACGUCGUCUGUGAUGAGUUCUUAUUUAAUUGAACAGAACAAAUGGUUAUCACAUUUGAAAGUUCCGCUGCCUGUACAGUAUGCAGGAGCUGCAUUUCACAACAAUCGACUUUAUAUCGCUGGUGGUUUGGAAAUAAAAUACAGACAUCGUGGACAUUUUGGAAGCGCAACCGAGAUUGUGAAAGCACUAUACUGCUAUAAUCCACUAAUAAAUGCAUGGCAUAAGUUACCAAACAUGCUAGAAGGGGUAUACCACCAUCGGUUGCUGGUAUGCAAUGGUAAACUAUAUGCUAUGGGAGGCAGACUCAGCAUUGGUAGACUUGCCACAGAGUUUCAGUGCCAUCCCCUUGGACAUCAAUCUUGGCAGUUCAUCUCACCUCCAAAGCGGCUUGCAAGUUUUCGUGAAGGCUUCUUAACUCACACAUGGAACAGUAAUAUCUAUAUCAUGUCAGCCGAGAGUCUGGAGUCAUCUGGUACCAUUGACAGAUACAACACAGACACUGAUAGCUGGGAUAUUAUCACCUUCCCUAAUUUUACACCAUCCCCUACCAGCAAAGUGUUUUUCACAUUUAAGCACCCCUGUAUUGAAAGUUCACAAAUUUAUGUCACUAACUUCAAGGAAGUCCACAUGAUUUUCGACUUAAUUAACAACAAAUGGCAAAUAGAAAAACACCAUACCGUGAAGCUUGACAACGGUGAUUACAUCGAGAAUGUGACUGCCUAUGAUGACAAGGUUUAUGUCUUGGGCUAUCGUAUGAAUGUUUACAACACCAAAACGAAAACAUGGAGUAAGCUGGCUUCAUACAGAGGAUGUCUAGGAAAGGGAGAGUCUUGUCUUAUGAUGCUUCCUUCUCAGUUUCUGCAGGGUAGUUUAUGA